CCACAUCCAUUCAUAAACUCCACUCAUUCACCUCUGAUUGGUCCCGCUUUGAACUGGGAGGAGAUAUGGUUAGAUUAAAGUAAAAUUACCUUUACGCAGUACUCAUAGAUUUCAUCUUCGUCCUUGGAGACGCUUUUACAACGCGCAUGGAAAUUAAGUUAAUUAAGAGGACAGCUCAUGCAUGCUUAUUCGCGAUUGGUGCAAUUUUAUAGUGUAAAAAAUAAGAAAGCAUGGCGAAUGAGAGAUAGACACAUUUACAGGUGGACACACAAAAGAGCCAUCGGUGUCCUUAUCAUCAGAACAUCCUGAAGGGGUAUAAGAGGGUCUGCAAGCACUCCUGGAUGGACUAGAAGGACAGGCACAUUCAAACAGGAACCAAAGAGAAAAGUUCCGCUCUCAAUCCAUGCAAACUUUUCUGAGGAGACGCGAAGCGCGUGCAACGCACGAAAAGGGAAACGGCAAUUUGCGCGAUAUCAAGUAGUACGUCACAUCUGCAUCUACAAUUUAUAAAAUAAAUACAUUUAAAAAAAGGCUUAAAGGGGAGUAUAGAAAACGUCUUGAAGAAAACCUUAAAGAACCCUGGACUUCUAAAAGCUGAACUGAGCAAAGCGUUCUCCCAUGAGGCUGGAAGGUUCCAGAAUGGACUUAAUCAAAAAAAUAUGGACGGCUCGGAAACUCAUUCUCGUGGUCAUGAUUCCUUUAUCCCUGCUGCCUCUGCCUCUCAUCCACCCGUGCAGUGAAUCAUCAUGUGCGUAUGUCCUGAUCGUGACAGCAGUAUAUUGGGUAUCUGAAGCUGUGCCGCUGGGAGCCGCUGCUCUCGUCCCGGCCUUCCUGUACCCAAUGUUUGGGGUCCUCAAAUCCAGUGAGGUGGCCUCUGAGUAUUUUAAGGACACCACGCUGCUGCUGAUGGGGGUGAUCUGUCUGGCUGCCUCCAUUGAGAAGUGGAACCUUCAUAAACGCAUCGCUCUGCGGAUGGUCAUGAUCGCCGGGGCCAAACCUGGCAUGCUGGUUUUGGGGUUCAUGUGCUGUACGGUUUUUCUCUCUAUGUGGCUGAGCAACACGUCCACCACGGCUAUGGUGAUGCCCAUCGCUGAAGCCGUGCUGCAGCAGCCAGAGCGGCAGUCCUACAACGACUACAUCCAUGUCCCUCAAAAAAAAAAGGAUGAGGAUAAACAGGACGAGGAGAGCGACAAAGAGGAAAACCAAGAAUUAAGCAAGAAUCACCUUGAGCUGCUGGACCGCAAACACAAUGAAAAACAUGAAGUCUGUAUGCUGAAUGAGGAGUUGAAUGGUCUGACAUUGAAGCCUGGUUUCGGUCCAGAAUUUUCUAAAGAAUCAAAUGGAUACCUGCCAGAGGCUCCAAUUAGCAUCCCUGCUCCACCAAAGAAACCCAAAAUCGCUGCGGAUUCUCGCUGUACCCCCACCAAGAGAGACCACAGGAUCUGUAAGUGGCUGUCUCUGAGCAUCACGUACGCGGCCACCAUCGGCGGCCUCAUCACCAUCACCGGCACGUCCACCAACCUCAUCUUCGCCGAGCAAUUCAACAAUCGUUAUCCAGAAGCAAAAGUCAUUAAUUUCGGCACGUGGUUCAUCUUCAGUCUGCCGAUCGCUCUGAUCAUGCUGAUGCUCACCUGGAUCUGGCUGCACUGUCUCUUUCUGGGAUGCAAUUUCAGAGAGACUUGUUCUCUCAGCAAGAAGCGCAAAACCAGGCGAGAACUCCUCUCUGAGAAGCGCAUUCAUGAGGAGUACCAGAAGCUCGGCCCCAUCAGUUAUCCUGAAGUCGUGACGGGCAUCUUCUUUAUUCUGAUGACUGUACUUUGGUUCACCAGGGAACCGGGAUUCGUCCCCGGCUGGACGUCGCUGUUUGAGAAGAAGGGCUACAGGACUGAUGCCACGGUGUCGGUGCUGCUCGGCUUCCUUCUCUUCCUCAUCCCGGCUCGAAAGCCCUGGCCAUCUGCAUUCUCCAGCGAGAACAAAGGUGAUGAUGAUGACGAUGAGGAGGAAGAGGAUCCUCUGGCUCCAAUGAUCACGUGGAAAGACUUCCAGAGACUGAUGCCGUGGGAGAUUGUUAUUCUGGUGGGAGGAGGAUACGCACUGGCUGCCGGAUGCAAGGUGUCCGGUCUCUCCAUGUGGAUCGGUCGGCAGCUGGAGCCCAUGAGUGGUCUUCCUCCGUGGGCCGUGACGCUGCUGGCGUGUCUCCUGGUGUCCGCCGUCACCGAGUUCGCCAGCAACCCAGCCACGCUCACAGUGUUCCUGCCCAUCCUCUCGGCCCUGUCAGAGACGCUGCACAUCAACCCUCUGCACACACUCAUCCCUGCCACCAUGUGUGUGUCCUUCGGCGUCAUGCUGCCUGUUGGAAACCCGCCGAAUGCCAUUGUGUUCAGUUACGGACACGUGCAGAUCAGCGACAUGGUGAAGGCUGGUUUUGGAGUGAAUCUGAUCGGGGUUUUUGUGGUGAUGUUGGCCAUCAUGACGUGGGGCGAGCCGCUCUUCCAUCUGAGCGAGUUUCCCACCUGGGCGCUGAUGCGUAACGUCACGGGCAGCUUUUAGCCGGCCUUUGAUUGAGGACACUGGAUAUACACUGAAGGAGGCACAUAUAUGCAAUUACAGCCUUAUUUUUGUACAUCGUUGGAGUAAGAGGACAUCCGUCUGAGGAUGCAGAACUGCUCACUGUGACUGAAUGAACGGUGCGAUCGCUGGAAUCCAUUCUUACACUUAUAUAUCAAAGCAUUAGAUGUAGAUUAACAACCUUCCAAGUUUACGCGCCUACAAAACACAAUCAGCGAUGUUUGUGUGAAAAUACCGAUGUAACAUAUCCGUAUGCUUUAUUUCCCGACGUCUAACAAAUGUCGUGAUACAUUUGCAUUAUUUACUUGAGAGGUUUGAGGGACAUUCUGCAUCAGAUGAAGUCUCUGCUGAAAUCAGGCUUAGUAUCUAACAUGCUCUUACCAAAAUGUUACAUAGUUUUUGUGGUCUGGUUACGGAAGAUUGUUUCAAACGUUACACACUAUAUAUAUAUAUAUAUAUAUAUAUAU